UGCAGUUUUCCACACGGAGCCUUUUUGUUGCGUCCCACUCAAUUUGCCUCUUCCUCUCGCUCGCCUCGGCCGAUUUGUUGUCUUGAUCUCUUCUUUUCCAUUGUCGUCGUCUUUUUGGGCUUGAGUUCUGAGCUUGUCGGCUUUGAUGGCGGGAGGAGGCGGAAGUUGUUUAUUUAGCGGCUUCCGGAUUUUAGGGCUUUAUUGCAACCACGUGCCGCACGUGCUUCGCUAUCAUCGCAAGCAUCGGGAGUUCUACCUGGUGACGUCAGUCGGGAAAUGUUUGCACACGUACAACGUCAAUCGUUUGGGCAUCGUCGCCGUCAGUAACAGCCUCCAGGAUGACAUCACUUGCUUGGCAGCAGACAGGAUGUUGACAUUCGCCGCAGCGGGCUCGCUUGUGUAUGCCUUCGCCAAGAACAAAGAGGUGGUGAUGUGUUACCGUGGACACAAACAUGAAGUGCGCCUGCUGCUUCCUUUCGGUGACCAGCUGAUCUCUGCUGAUGGCAGUGGGCUCGUCAUCGUCUGGGACGUUCAUCGUGGUGACGUGUAUGUGGAGCUGAACUUUGACCCAACCACCUUCGACGUGUCAGCCAUGAUGCACCCCAGCACGUACCUAAACAAAGUCCUGCUGGGAAGUUCCCAGGGUGCUUUGCAGCUCUGGAACCUCAAGACCAGCAAGCUGUUGUACACAUUUGCCGGCUGGUCGGCAGGUGUCACUGUGCUGCAACAGAGCCCGGCGGUGGAUGUGGUGGGCGUCGGCAUGGCAACAGGCCGCAUCAUCAUUCACAACAUCCGAGUGGAUGAGACGCUGAUGUCCUUCAUGCAGGACUGGGGACCGAUCACCUCGCUGGCUUUCCGGACAGACGGGCCACCCACACUAGCGGCAGGAAGCCCUCAAGGUCACGUGGCCUUAUGGGACCUGGAGCGGCAGCAGCUGGCGGCUCAGCUAAGACACGCCCACAAGACGGCGGUCAACGCCAGCUUUCUGCACAACGAACCGCUUCUCAUCACCAGCGCCGGCGACAACGCCAUUAAGGUCUGGAUCCUGGACCAGGAAGGGGGAGGAGCCAGGUUGCUGAGAAAUCGCCAGGGUCACAGUGCUCCACCCACCACCAUCUGUCACCAUGGUAAUGACGGCAAAAACAUCCUCAGCGCAGGGCAAGAUGGGACACUGCAGUCUUUUUCCACCGUCCAUGAGAGAUUCCACAAGAACCUUGGACACGGCUCCAUCAGCAAAAAGAAAGAGCAGAAGAAGAAGAAGGGCUUGUCGUAUGAGGAACUGCGGCUGCCCGCAAUCACUGCCUUCUCCUGCGCUACAGCCCGCCAAUCAGACUGGGACGGCAUCGUGGCGUGUCACCGUGGUCGCCUGGCAACCACCACUUGGAACUACCAGCGCUGUACCAUGGGGGCGCACCACCUCAGACCGCCGGGAAGCGGCAGCAACGCCGUCGCCGCGGCGGUUGACAUCACUUCCUGUGGAAACUUUGCGAUUGUGGGGUCUUCGUGCGGCCGCGUUGACAUUUACAACUUGCAGUCCGGAUUUCAUCGCGGUUGUUAUGGAGACGAGCACAAAGCUCACAGGGGGGCAGUGCGAGGCGUGGCCACUGACGCCCUCAAUCAGCUGACUUUCACCACCGCGUCUGAUUGCUUGCUCAAGUUCUGGCGCUUCAAGACCCGCAAACAAGAAGACCAGAUCAAGCUAAGUGCGGCGCCCGCGACCAUGAAGCUACACAGGGACAGCGGUAUGCUGGCAGUGGCUCUGGAUGACUUCACGUUGCUGAUCGUUGACGUCGAAACCAAGCGAGUGGUCCGCAAGUUUGCGGGUCACCACGGCAACACCAACGACAUGACUUUCAGCCCAGACGGUCGCUGGUUGAUCACCGCUGGGAUGGACUGCACCAUUCGUACGUGGGACCUCCCUUCUGGAAGCCUGGUGGACUGCUUCCUGAUUUCCAUGACGCCAGUGGGUGUGUCCAUGUCCCCGACUGGAGAUUUCCUGGCAACGUCACACGUGGACAGCCUGGGCAUUUGCUUAUGGACCAAUAAGAGCCUGUGCGGGCCUGUCGGGCUCCGUCCACUCCCGGCCGACUACCAACCAGAGGCGGAGACUCUGCCGGGCGGAGGGGCACUGGAAGCCGAGCAGGAAGUGACAGAGGAGGAGGAGGGGCCUGACGAAGCAUACAGUUCGGCGGAGCAGCUGGGGGCGGAGCUUGUGACGCUCUCGCAGCUGCCGGAGUCGAGAUGGAAACAUCUGCUGUGCCUGGACACCAUCAAGAGGAGGAACAAAGCAGUGACUCCGCCCGUGUCGGGAGCGUCGGCGCCCUUCUUCCUGCCCACUGUGCCAGGCCUCACACCGCGCUUCUCCCUACCGCAGGAUGAAACGCAGUCAAAAGUGCUGAGCUGCAGUCUGCCCUCUCAGAGGUCAAAGUUCAGUUGUGCUCUGGAGGCGGGGCUUGACGCAGGGUCGUUCGCAGUUCCCGUGGAGCUUUUGAAGAGUUUCGGUCCAUCUGCUGUGUCAGUCGAGCUUGCGGGUCUGUCACCUGAAGGGGGCGGAGCCAGCAGCCUCUUUUUGGCCUUCAUUCGCAUGAUUGACAGCAUGCUGGCCAGUGGGCGAGACUUUGAUCUGGCGCAUGCCUAUCUGUCACUGUUUCUCAAGCUUCACCUCCGCUCGCUGGCUCAGGAUGCCGUCGCCAUGGAAGCGUUGGUCGGUCUCUCCUCACGGCUGGAGGCAGGGUGGGCGGAGCUCCGGGCAUCCUUCAAUCAAUCGCUUUGUUUGUUGACGUAUGCCAAGAGUGCACUUUUGUGAACACACACUCAGGCAUUGUACAUGUCCAUGUUCUCCUCUGUUCACAAUAAAAAAAAAGCUUGUUUUUGA